CUCAUUAGCAUUCUCGGUUAGCUACCUAAGUACCAUUGGCAGUAAACGUCACCUAGCCCAAACGAGAGGCCGGGGAUCGAACCCUCAGACAUACCGCGCUGAGGAAGAGGUCCUCCCCGUCCUCUUCAUCACUGUCUGGGCCUCCGAGGUCUUCGGGCUCCUGCACAUCUUGGUCCUCGGAGUCGGGGAACGGAGGAGGACUGCGCUCCGAGCUGGUCGCCAUCUUCUAUCUUUCUGUUUUCUCCACACACACACAAGGGGAGGGACCGUCAGCGGCUCCUCGCACGGAGGCUAACAGGCUGCUGCUACACACCCGGGCUGGAGCUUCACCUCCACACACUGACAACAGGGGCAGGCUGCAGGACACUUCGGGACUGGAAGGGACACUCCACCGCUGGCUUCUCACUUCCUGGUGCUCCUGGUCCUCCUCCUCCUCUUCCUCCCUCUUCUUCUUCAGGUCAGGCUAGCUUCAGUCGGUGCUAGCUACCCGGGCAGCAGCAGUCAUGGGACAGACGAGGUGUGGACCGGGACAGGGGUUCAGCUCCAGUUAGCUCAUGUGCAAACAAACAACUCCGUGCCCAUAUUAGACACAUCCGACCUUGAAGGGGGGGAUGUCUGGUCACAUGCGGCCCGGGGAUGUGGAGGCUCGGCGGCCGCUGCUGCUCGGAGGGAGAAGUCACCUGGAGCCGGACGAGCUGGACUCAGACGAAGGUAAAAUCAUUUUUGACAGGAGCAGGCCAGACUUGAAACAUGAAGCCGGGGGAAGUGCAGAGAGAAAAUUAACAUAUGAAGAAGCAAUGGAGGAAGCAGGGUUCGGCUUGUUUCACUGGCUGCUGUUGGUGGUCUGUGGUUGGGCCAACGCCAGCGACGCGGUGGAGAUUCUCUGUGUGUCUUUCCUCCUGCCAACGGCGCGCUGUGACCUGCUGCUGAGCUCCUCAGACAUGGGCCUGCUAACUGCCAGCAUUUUCCUUGGAAUGAUGGUGGGUGGCUACAUGUGGGGGUACUUGGCUGACCAGAGGGGGCGUCGCCAGGUCUUGGUUGUAUCCCUGACAGUUAAUGGGGUGUUUGGAGGUCUGGCCUGUGUGGCUCCAUGGUUCUGGCUCCUGCUGCUGCUGCGGAUCAUCAGUGGCGUAGGGGUGGGCGGGUCAAUCCCUGUUAUCUUCUCGUACUUCUCAGAGUUUAUGCCCCGACAGCGGAGAGGAGCAAUGAUCAGCAGUCUGGCCACUUUCUGGAUGGCAGGAAACAUCCUGGCUGCAGGUCUGGCCUGGCUGGUGAUUCCCAGUACCUGGGCCCAUUUUUCUCUGGGGACACUAGACUUCCAGAGCUGGAGACUGUUUGUGCUGCUUUGCUCCAUUCCCAGUCUCACUUCAGCCCUAGUAUUCAGGCAGCUCAUGCCAGAAAGCCCUAAGUUCCUCAUGGAGGCUGGUCGAGAGAAAGAAGCAAUCCAUGUUUUCAGAUUGAUGUUUAAGCUGAACAUGAGGGGAAAAGGAAAAUCUUUACCGGAAUUUGGUUUGUGUAUAAGCUCCAAGCACAGAGACGUGGAGGAGACCAGAGCUCGGGGUUCAUAUCGAGAGCGACUGUCAAUUAUUUUGAAAAAGGGCCUGUCGCCUAUUAAACAAAUGUUUAAUGGCUCCCUCAAAUCAAGGAGCAUCGCUCUGCUCAUCAUCUUCUACUGCAUCGCCUUUGGUUACUAUGGGCUGUGGAUGUGGUUCCCAGAGUUGUUUGCGAGAAUUGAGGAUGGAGGUUCACCUUGUGCCAACGCGUCUCUCUCAUCUCCUCUUCACAACCAAAGCUGCUACCCGGUCAAGACAGCGGUGUAUAUGGAGGGCUUCAUCAUCGCUGCAUCAAACCUGCCUGGCAACAUCUUCACCAUCCUAGUGAUGGACAGCACUGGAGGAAAGUCACUGCUGUGCUGCAGCUUGGUGGUGUCCAGUCUGAGCGUCUUCCUCAUCUAUGUGGUCCAAACCAAAGUCCAGAGUCUGAUCCUCUCCUGUGUCUUCAGCGGCGUGUCCGUCAUCGCCUGGAACGCCCUUGACGUGCUGGGAACAGAGCUCUACCCGACACAGCUACGGUCCUCGGCUCUCGGCUUCUUCACAGGUGCGGGCCGUGUGGCAGCGAUCAUGGGUAAUAUGGUCUUUGGGACGUUUGUGGACACGAACUGUGCCGUGCCGGUGCUGCUGGUCUCUGCUCUGCUGCUGACCGGAGGACUGGUGGCUCUGCUGCUGCCACAAACCAAACAGACUGAGCUCACCUGAGGCCGACAUUUUAUAUCAACAAGUUAUCAUAAGAAAGGGGACUGGGGGAUUAAUGCACUUUGUCACUUCUCUUUGCCUUUUUAAGGUGCCUUAUCUAGAAUACCAUGAAAAAGCAGCAGCAGGCGCUCUUGAGUGAGAAGGACAAGAAAGGCAGUUGUGCCACAAUCUACAUUGUAACAUUGUAAGGAUGAAAAUCCUAUCCAGAUGGGAACUCUCAGGAAUACUUGAACGAAAGAAAAAAUGUUCCCUAAUGUUUUUGCAACCUCGACAUGAAAAGUCUCUUGAAGGAUGUUUCAUAAUUUUUGUGGUACGUUUGAGGAUUGGUUACUCAAUGAUUUUAGGUGCAUUAUUAGAUUUCUAGAUGUGUCUGAAAUGUCUUUAAAAAAGAAACACUCCACAUCUUUCCAGGCUCACUGAUCUGCACAUUCAUUCUAAUACAGAGGUGUCAUACUUCCCUGACCACAGUGGACCAAACUGUUUAAUCAUUUAGCAAUAAGCCAAAGAUUUCAAGUUCCAGGACCAAAACAAGUACAAAUGAGCCUGCGUGGCCACGCUUACCAUCAUCUCAAAGUUCUAUGUUGUAAAUUACUACUGAAGCUUAACUAAAUAAACUACUUUCAUUUCA